AUGAAAUCAGCUUUUGGAAAGGUUCUUACUGUUCUCUUUGUUUUUUUCCAAUACUCCACUGCUUUGCAUUUUUACUUGAGAACCGGUGACACUAGAUGUUUCUAUGAGGAAUUGCAAGAAGACACGUUGGUUGUCGGAAAAAUCGAUGCCUACGAGAAGAACGACCAAGGUGAAUAUUUCAAAAACGGCAACUUGAGAGUUGAGAUAACUGUUGACGAAACAUUUGACAACGACGAGAGAGUUGUUACUCAAAAGUCUUCACCAAGUGGAGAAUUCACUUUCACUUCCCACGAAGCUGGUGAACACAAGUUCUGCUUGAAACCAGUCUAUAAUGACGGUACUAUCGGCAAGGCCCACCGUGUGUUCUUUGACAUUGCCAGUGGCAGUGCCCAUGACUAUGCUGACUCCAAGUCCACAAAACAAGUUGACAGCUUGACAGCCAAGGUACAAAACUUGAACACAAAGUUGGAAGAGAUUCACUACGAACAAGAGCACAUGAGGGAAAGAGAAGCUAUGUUCAGAAACCAGUCUGAAUCGACCAACUCCAGAGUGGUCAAGUGGACUCUUGUACAAUUGGUUGUAUUGAUUGGUACCUGUUUCUACCAGUUGCGUCACUUGAAGAGUUUCUUUGUCAAGCAAAAGAUUGUGUAAACCAGACGUACGCUGCAUAUGUAUAUAGACAUAGCUGAGAUUAAUUACCUAUAGGUAUUGAUGUAAAUGUCUGACAGGAACAAGAAGUUG